CAAUCACGACCACCCAAGCCAUUCGAGACCAGAGCAAGGAACCAAAUUUGACCAGAAAUCUGCCCAUUCUCCACCUCGAGUGCUCAGUCUCUAUCACUUUCGCAUACACCAGCAACCGCAACUCUCCUUCCGCUCGUACGUCCACAUCAACCCUUUCGCGCCGCAAAUAGAGGGGAAACCUUGGAAAUCUUCUUGUUGAUCGCAACUUUGCUGACACCACCUCAAGGCAUCUCAACAAUCCAGCUAGUCACAUACCCUAAUUCGCACAAUGGUCAGUAAACACACAGUCUUCUCUGUAUCUUAUGGCAUGAGCUAAUGGCUUGCAAAUAGUCUCAAUCAGGGUCAGUUUCCUCCCGGUGCCCCUCCUUCCAACUCGGCUUCUGCGACUAGCCAACCCGAUCCCAUCGAUCGCAUCGAACAGUCCAUAAACUAACUUCCGAACCCAGAGCUUCAAUCGCGCCUGACUGCGUCACCACCUUCAACGAUCUCAAGCUCAACAAGAAGUACAAGUUCAUCAUCUUCAAGUUAACAGACGACUACAAAGAGAUCGUCGUCGAGGAGGCCUCAAAUGAGGGUGACUGGGAAGUCUUCCGUGAGAAGCUCCUCCAGGCCGAAUCCAAAAACAUGAAGACUGUAUGUUGUUAUCCUGGAAGCAACAAAAACAUGGCAGACUUUAGAUGGGCUCAACUGACAAAAUAAACAGGGCAAGGUUACCAAGGGUCCACGAUACGCCGUUUAUGAUUUCAACUACGACUUGGCCGCUGGCGAGGGAUCAAGGUAUACUAUGCAGACGCAUGUAUGGCAGAACUGGGAUUAACCAUUUGUACAGAAGCAAGAUCACCUUCAUCGCCUGGUCGCCUGAUGAUGCCGGAAUUCAGGUAAGUUACUAUUGUUUGUUUCGGGGUCUCGGUCCUAACAAACCGAAUAGCCAAAAAUGGUGUACGCUUCUUCCAAGGAUGCUCUCAAGCGUGCCCUUAACGGUCUGGCCGUCGAAUUCCAAGGAAACGACACUGAUGAUAUUGAAUACCAAUCCGUUCUCACAAAGGUCAGCAAGGGAUUGGCAUCUUCUUAAACAAGGGAAAACUCCACAUUUCCGAAGAUAGACGAUUGUUUGGCAAGGCCAAUAACGAUAUUAUGGUGGGAUGAUUUGGUGAAGCGG